GGCUUCGUGCAGGAGGUCACAACAAACAUGGCGUGGAGAGGAUGCGUUAUGAAAUGGGCUAAAACAGAGUUCUUUAGAUCCCAAAACACUUUGUCCCGAAGCUCAAGACUCAACCCUUGCAAUCAACAGAGGUGUGCUUUCCGUCGGGAAGCAAAAAGGCCUGAUACCAAUAAAGGAAAUGUCCCCCAGGAAACAAAAGUCUCACCCCCUGAGCCUGUCAUGCCACAGCCACAGCAUGCUCAAAAACUCCAAAGACCAACACUUUUCAGACCACUGAUUUUCACAGUUGGGUUUACAGGCUGCUCCUUUGGUGCAGCAGCCAUUCUGCAGUACGAGGCCCUGAAGUCACGAAUUCAGACUGCGAAAGAUGGAGAGGAGCUAGAGAAGCUCAUGACGGGCUCUCAGGACAUGGCAUACUGGCACGACUGGUGGAACCAGCUGUCCGGCCUCCAGCGGCAGGCCAUCCUUCUCAUGUCCAUGUUGGAUGACUUCUGGAGCGGUCUCACAGAGGGACAGAAGACAGUCACGGGUAUCAUUGCAAUAAAUGCUGUAGUUUUGUGUUGUUGGCGGAUCCCAUCUAUGCAGAGAAGUAUGAUUAAGUACUUCACGUCCAACCCAGCCUCCAAAACGCGGUGCCUUCCCAUGGUCCUGUCCUCCUUCAGUCACUACUCCAUUAUCCAUAUGGUGGCAAACAUGUAUGUUUUGUGGACGUUCUCAUCUGGAAUCGUCUCUCUCUUAGGAAAAGAGCAGUUUCUUGCUGUCUACCUCUCUGCUGGUGUUAUCUCAAAUAUGGUCAGUUACAUGUGUAAAACAGCUACUGGGCGAGUCUAUCCAUCGUUAGGAGCGUCAGGUGCUGUCAUGGCAGUACUUGCUGCAGUCUGCGCCAAGGUACCAGAAGCCAAACUAGGAAUAAUCUUCCUCCCUAUGGUCACUUUCACUGCAGGAACUGCUCUGAAAGCCAUCGUGGCCGUAGACACAGUGGGACUUAUGUUGGGAUGGCGGUUUUUAGACCAUGCAGCUCAUCUCGGUGGAGCCCUCUUUGGAGUAUGGUACGUGGCAUAUGGUCACAAACUCAUUUGGAGAAAGAGGGAGCCCCUUGUGAAGCUGUGGCAUGACAUACGUUCUCCUGGCGCCAAAGGAUCCAGCCCUGGUGGAGGACCUGGACAACAAUAAGACUCUGCAAGGGAACAAAAUUGUUUUUGUCUUGGAUUAUGCAAGGUCAUUUUACCCACUGAGGCAGAGUGAUCUGUUAUUGUUUAUCAAUAGAUAUAAUUUUCCACCAAGACUUAGUGAUGAGACCUACCUAAUGUAAGGGUAUUUGGACUUGAAAUUUAAUUAAGCCAUAUUGGCUUUCUUGAGUUUUUUUCCCCCCUCCUUAUUGAUAAAGGGGAUUUCAUGCAUGUGAAAAGUCUGCAAUGUUACAAAAUCCACAUCAAAGGGACACAACUGCCUGAAAAACAUGUUUUGUAGUUCAGCAUGUUCUGUUAUUUAUGUGUCAAUGAAGACAAUUUACCAAGCCUGCCCAAUUGAUGUCCUAUUUCCAAUACCCCAGAUUUACAAAAAUGAAUAAUAACGUUGAAUACAUGCAUCAUACCACAAUUUGACCUGUCGGAGCCGUCUAGGUGUUGGAAAGUGUGUCUUGAAGGUUCAAUUUGUGAUAAUUACAAGGUAAAUAUGUCACUGAACAACUGAAGUCAAGUGAAAACUAAAUUACUCUCUAAAUUCUAUGAGUUUACUGAUCAGAACAUAAAUAUUAAUUAGAUUUAAAAAAAAAAAAAAAGAACAAACUUAGACAGACUUUCCGUAAAACAAAUGUAUUUAUUAUUUUUUUCACAUGACUAUAUUAAUUUUGCGCAGAUCUAACUUUGCAAUAAAUUCUCUGUGGAAACCCCAGUCUCUCAGCUCUUUAUGCUGGAAUGCGUUUGUGUAUUGGACAAAUGUUAAAAUUGGAACAUCGAAAGAAUUAUUUUGACAGAAAUAAAAUGCUUCAAUCUGGGACUCAUUUUCUGUAAAGG